GAACAACCAAUCCAGAUCAAAAAGCAUUGUGGACUCUCUGAUGGCUGCUAUAGGGUUGGGUCUCCUUCCAGCACCAGUUUUCUUGGCCGUUACAGCCAUGACGCGGCUUGGUGGCUCUGUGUCACCGCCGAGGGAUGCAGCUGCGUCCCCGGGGAGUCGCUCCAUCCCUCUGUGCCGGGACACGCACCGCAGCCCUGCCUUGGCUAUUCUCGGCCUCCCCAGGGAGGGCUGAAAAGCCUCAGGCAAAUCUGCACCGGUGGCACCUGCCGUGUGUGUGUGUGUCCCCCCCCCGGGACGGUGUCACCACGGCUGGGGGUGGGGACAGGCAGGCACAGCACCCGUGGGUCACCGGCUGUGCUUCCCGGGGAGGGGGGACAGCCAGAGCGCUGCGUGGGGCAGAGGGUGACGGCUGCACGGCGGCCAUGGAGCAGCCCCGGCGCAUCACCGACUCCUUCCCGCGGCGACGGCGACCGGGGCGAACCCCGGGCAGGGACAAGGGCAGGGUCAAGGGCAGGGACAAGGGCAGGGGCUGCCCCCAGACCCGGCCCCGCGCCCUCCCGCCCGACGAGAGCCCCCCGCCGCCCCCGCUGGACCAGACCCUCCUGGAGAUGCUGCGGCGCUUCGACCUGGCUUGGGAGUACGGGCCCUGCACCGGUAUCACCCGCCUGCAGCGGUGGGAGCGGGCGCAGGCGCUGGGGCUGAGCCCCCCGGACCCCGUGCGCGACGCCCUCCUGGAGCACCGGGACAACCCCGAUGUCACCUACAGCCUCUGGCACGAGUACGCGCUCUGAGCCGCUGCACCCCACGCCGGAGGGAAGAAAGUUGCGGGGGGACAGUGUCUGCUGCCCCCCAGGCCUGUCCGCAGCCGUGCCGCAGCCCGGGGGGGCACCGGGCGGAUUAAAGGCUGGUGUGAGUGAAGGAGGGGGGCUGCUGUGUGCUGUCUGUGGGGCACCCGGGGCGGGGGGGUGAAGCCCCGCUGCAGGGCACUGAGGGAGGGCAGGGCACCAUAUCCCCCCCCGUCAGACAGAGCCAGGCGGGUUGUCCAGUCACACAGAGUUUAAUGCCCACCCCACAGAGUGUCCUCUGCCCCACAGAUCCCCCCCCAGCACGGAGCAGAUGGCAAUCCCUCUGCCCCACAGAUCCCCUUGUUCUGGUGCAGACAGGCAUCACCCUUGCCUACAGCCCUCCUCACUAUGGGGGUGCUCCUGCCCCAGAGGCCCCCCCCCUGCCCUGCCACAGGGAGCCUGACCCACGGCAGGGGGGGUCAGCUGUCCCCGUGGGCACCGGAGAUGGCUCUGGCACCGGGGGCAGCACCUGGCCUGGGACAGAGUCCCCAGGGACACAGGGCAGGGGUCUCGGGAGGGAUGGGUGCCCCUGGCCCCCACAGGGUGGCAGAGGGAUGUACCAGGAUGCAGCAUGGGCUCAGCACCCUGUGCCUGCCACACUCCCUCCCAUGCCAGCGGGAUGGACUGGUCCUUACCACGGGGAAGGUGAGAGAACGAUGGGGUCCCCAGGUCAGGGUGCUCCCCCAAAGGUGAGCCACAGCUGUGGGGUGGGGAAAGACAGGAGAGCAGCAGAGCUCUGCCCCCCCAGCAAGCGUGACAGAGAGGGGACACGAGAAGGGACAUGGGAUGUCCCACAGCAGGCUGAAGGGACAGGAGGGGGGCCAUGGGCUGUCCCCACGAGUGUCUGGUGGGCACCUCUGCCCACCCACAAUGCUGCUGAGCGGGCGGUGGGCUCAGCGCCUGCGGCCUCCAGCCCAGACCAUGAACUUCAGGAGGCGUUGCCUCGUCCCACGUGGACACCCUCGGCGUGACAUGCCACAAGCACCCCACGGGAGCUGUGGUCUUGUCGGGGGGCUGGGGGGGCUCACCUCAAGACCGCAGUGCUCCUGCCUGUCCCUGGCCAACGGCAUCACAAAGUUGCAGGCAGGAUUUCUCCUCUUCUCUGCGUCUGUGGGGAGAAGGGAAGAGGGAUGAUUCUGCCGCUCUCCUCUCCUACGCCUGGCCUCUGCCACCUUGGCAGGCACCAAUGCACCCCGGGGCUCGGGAGAAAAGGGAUGGCUGGAUGUUAGCAAAGCCACCUACUCCUAGGUCACCACACCAGGUGAAUCCCUUGUAAAGCUGAGGUUACUUAGGUAGUAAAAGCAUAAACAUCGAAUUUGGGUAUGGAUGAAACAAAACUGGGAUCCAUGGAAAAAAAAUUAAUUAGAAGCAGGCUGUAUGGGUGGAGAAAGGAAGGUGGAAGGGUAGCAAAAAGGGCCCCAAAAUGGAAAAAUGGGGAAUAAGAUAUAAAAAUCAGAUAAAGGUCAGCACAGGGAGGGAACUUCUGAUAUUAGGGGUGCAGAUGACUGGAUUGUAGUGCUGUGGACCUGCAGAGCCAAGUCUGGCAGGCACAGCCCCCCCCCCCCCCAGGCCAUCGGGACUCUGAUGGGACCUUCCCCUCCCAGGCGGUGGGGAGGAACAAGUGGGAGCUGUCAUUCAGCAGCAGUCCUGUGGGAUUCCUAAGAUUAAGAGCCAUAAUUAGUAGCUUUGCUGUGUGCAGAAUCAUUUAAUCAUAAAUGAAUAAUAGGACGUGUUUGUUAAUUAUUCAGGUUAUUGAUUACUUAAUUGAUUAGCUCUCUAGCAAUUUGUUGCUUAAUCAAUAAAAUGAAUUGGUUAUA